AUGGAACAAACAAGGUAUUGGAUGUGGGGGAAGAAAAAAAGCGAUUUCAAUUCUCAUGUUUUUGCAUCAUAUGGAGAUUCUUGGGAAGAACAAGCUUUUGCAGAAGAUGCAGCUGGGGCUCUUGGAGGGUGUACAUGGCCUCCAAGAUCUUAUUCUUGCAGUUUUUGUAGAAGAGAGUUCAGGUCUGCUCAAGCCCUAGGGGGUCAUAUGAAUGUCCAUAGGAGGGAUAGAGCCAGAUUGAAACAGUCUCCAAUUCCACAAACUGAAGAACUUCCUCAUAAUCAUGUCGAUCUUCAAUUUCCUUCUGAAAUAUGUACCUUUCUGUACAACCCUAAUCCUGAUUUUUCAGAUCCUGAAGUUUUAGCUUCGCCUUCUUCACAUAUAAGGGUUUCAACUCUACCCAGGAAGGCCAGUUCCUGUGAAAAGAUACCCGGUCUUCGUUUCUUUGCCAGAAGAUUAGAAGAUAAUCAGAGGAAUAACGUUUCUUCCCCUACUGCAUCCUUGUCUAACUUUAUUGUAGAGAAGGAUACCGGCGUUUUCAAUUUGUACAAUGAAGAUAGGAAAUCUAAGACUUCAGAAACAAAUGCUAAGGCUAAAGAAGAUUGUGCCGCAGAUGAUUUGGCUGUUUAUCGAACUCAAACAAAUGAAUCCAGUAGUGAUGAGGAAGUUGCAGUUUGCAAGAGAAGGAGAAUCGAUCUGAGGCCGUUCACGUUUUUACAAAAAUCUAGUCCUGUUGAGAGAUAUCAUCCCCAAUUGGACGUUCUUAAAGUGUGUUCUAGCACCAUAGAGGAAUUGGAUCUCGAACUUAGGCUUGGUGGUGCUCCAAAGGUGAAGUAA